CGUUCAUAAUAUUUCCAGAAAAGUAAUGAGCCUUUCCCCCUUGGUUGGUUCUCGGUUUAUACAUAGUCACAUACACUACUACUAUAGUAUUAUUUUUAUUUGACUGAUUUCUGAAUAGAACAGAACAUUCAAUAGAAUAAAAAAAACAAGAAAACUAAAAAGUGACUUAUCGUUUGCUUGACAAGUGCGAGUCGAGAAAGCAGAAACGUAGUGUUAAGUUUGAAUGACAAGUGGUUUCCAAGCCGACUCUGUUACACUAUUAUUGGGGAAUUUCUGGUGCAUGUUGCUCGUGGGCAUUCUGUUUCACCUGUUUGGCCGAAUUGGACAUCCCUCCCUCCCUCUCCAGGCCAUUAUAUAACGUAACGUGACCACUCAGUUUCAGUUUGUCACAUUAACGUUGAAGCAAGCGCCCAGCCACAAAUCAAUAAUGACGACCGCAGCUCUGGGUGUUUACCUGGCCUGCUUCUCAUGUGCGUUGGGUUUGGUGGCUCCGGCGACGGUUUUCACGUUCGGUGACUCCAUCUUUGACGGCGGGAACAACCAUUUCAAGAAGAAGUGCACCGCUCAGGCCGAUUUCCCUCCCUAUGGCUCUUCUUACUUCCACUACCCCACCGGCAGGUUCACCAACGGGCGUACCGUUGUGGAUUUCAUUUGUCAAUUUAUGGGAAUGGGGCUGCAGAUGCCGUUCCUGGAGGCGCAGAGUGCGGUUUUGAACGGUAGUUGGAAGAGUUACCCUUCCAAUGGUCUCAACUUUGCUAGCGCCGGCAGUGGUGUCCUUUCCGCCACUAACCAAGACUUGGGAGUGACUGCAAUUGAGGAGCAGCUGCAGCAAUUCGAAGCCCUAAUCCAAGAGAAGCAAUUCCAGACCCCCGAGAUCCGGCAGUCCAUCUUCUUGCUGGAAUCGGGAUCCAACGACAUCUUCAACUACUUCCUCCCCUUGGCCCCGCCGAGCCUGGACCCUGAUGCCAUGGUCAGGUCCAUGCUGGCCCAGGUAUCGAGCUUCAUCUCCCGAAUCUACCGGGUGGGCGGCCGCAGAAUCGCCGUCUUCUCCCUUGGCCCCGUCGGCUGCGUUCCGGCCAGGGCCCUGCUCCCUGGCGCGCCCCUCGACAAGUGCUACGAGGAGAUGAACUCCAUGGUACGGAUCUACAAUUCCGGGCUGGAGGAUCUGGUGAAGGGCGUGCCCGCAAACUACCCCGGCGCCGUAGCCGUGUUCGGGGACGUUUUCCACUUGGUGGAGCGGUUCCGAGAGGACCCGCCUCGAUACGGUUUCAAGGAUGUUCGCAACGCUUGUUGUGGGGAGGGGACGCUGGGAGGGAUGGUGCAGUGUGGGAAGGAAGGGUACAAAGAGUGCGGGAACCCGCGAGAGUACAUGUUUUGGGAUUACUUCCAUCCGUCGGAGCACACUUACAGCCGCAUCUCCAAGGCCCUCUGGGCUGGCCGCAACUCAACAAUCAGGCCUUUCAAUCUCCACACACUCUUCUCCACCUGAAAGUGAAACCAAACCAAACCAAACCCAACUCAAAUAUGAUAAUUAAUUAUGUGUUUCGCCUUAAUUAUCUUGUUUCUGCUUAUUACUCCGAUCCUUUGAUUAUCGAUGCUUUCUCACUCUUAAACUCUUGCUCUAAAUAUUUGAUAUUUUCGCCAACUUAUUAUGUACUAUAGUGCUUACAAGGCUAUUGUGAGAACGUAUUUACAAGGUGUCACUUGUCAGCCAUCUAAUCAUGUAUUGGCACUCAUGGAUUGUGAGCGUUUUAGAAAACUCCAAAUUUAUCCUUUUUGUUGAACUGGACUUAUUUGUUUCUCUUUACUAAGCCUGAACCUUUGGCAAGAUAAAAUAUGUUUUAGGAUUAAAGCACAAUGCUCGCUCUAACACAAUAUAGGUUCGGGAUAAACCAAGAAUAUAAUUGUAACAUUCCG